UACUGCUCCACUAGAAGCUUCAACAUAAGCCCUAAACCGCCUAAAUCUCCGCCUCUUUUCUUCUCAAAUAUUUCUAGGGUUAGGGUUUCGUACUUCCAACCGAUUCCAUCAAGAGAGAUGGACUUCGACGAGUACGAUUACUUGGAGAAAACAGUGGAGGACGUCGAGAUCCCCAAGGAGAAGAGGAAGGACGACUACAGAAAGGACGAGAAGGGCUCCCGCCACCGGGAGAGGGACGCCGGAGAGAGCAGAUCGGAGAGGAAGUCGUCGAGGUCGGGGGAAGAGAACGGCGAUAGCAAGCGCGAGGACCGGGACCGAUCCGAUCGCAGCAGAGACAAGGAUAGGGACGAGGGCAGAGACCGUCGGAGAGACCGCGAGCGCGAGCGGGAGAAGGAUAGGGACCGAGAGCGCAGGAGUAGGGAUAGGGAUUAUAAGGAUAAGGAUAAGGGGAGGGAUAGAGAGAGGGAUAGAGAGAAGGAUAGGGAGAGGGAAACGGAGAGGGAGAGGGAGACGUCGAGGUCGAGGAGGAGCAGCAGUAGAUCGAGGCAUGAGGCCGAGAGGGAGAUGGAGAGGGCGAGGAGCAGGGAGAGGGCGGUUCGAGAGAGGGAGCUGGAGCGCGAGAUUAGGGAAAGGGAGAGCAGGAGAUUCAAAGAGAAAAAAGAAGCUGAACCAGAAGCUGAUCCAGAAAGGGACCAGAGGACUGUUUUUGCUUAUCAGAUGCCCUUGAAGGCUACUGAAAGAGAUGUUUAUGAGUUCUUCUCGAAAGCCGGAAAGGUUAGAGAUGUACGGUUGAUCAUGGAUCGAAACUCAAGACGAUCUAAAGGAGUUGGGUAUAUUGAGUUUUAUGAUGCAAUGUCAGUGCCGAUGGCAAUAGCUUUGAGUGGUCAACUUCUUUUAGGUCAACCUGUGAUGGUCAAACCAUCAGAAGCAGAAAAGAAUCUUGUUCAAUCUACCGCAACAGGAGGUACAGGUGUUACAGGAGCUGGAGCUGCUAGGAAAAUUUAUGUUGGCAAUCUGCAUUUCAACAUUUCAGAAGAUCAACUUCGUCAGGUCUUUGAACCGUUUGGUCCUGUUGAACUUGUACAACUACCUCUGGAUCUGGAGACAGGACAGUGCAAAGGUUAUGGUUUUGUUCAAUUUGCCCAAAUGGAACAUGCGAAGGCAGCUCAAAGUUUGAAUGGAAAGCUAGAGAUAGCUGGGCGGGUCAUUAAGGUGUCAGCUGUCACAGAUCAUGUCGCUGUGCAGGAAACUGGAGCAAACACCGCUGAUUUUGAUGAUGACGAUGGUGGUGGUUUGUCCUUGAAUGCUCGGUCAAGAGCCAUGCUUAUGCAGAAACUUGAUCGCACAGGAACAGCUUCAAGUAUUGCUGAGUCACUUGGAGUACCCUUGGUUAAUGGGGUUGCCCAACCAAAUCAGCAGGCAUUACCCUUGCCGGCAAAUGGGCAAGCUAUACUACCUGUAGCUCCUGCAUUAGUUACUAAUCCGCAUGCUUCCGUGCCAAUUGGAGAACCUAGUGAAUGCAUUCAACUAAAGAAUAUGUUUGAUCCGAGGACUGAGACGGACCCGGAUUUUGAUUUGGAUAUCAGAGAUGAAGUGCAAGAUGAAUGCUCCAAGUUUGGCCCAGUGAAGCAUAUUUAUGUGGACAAACACAGUGAUGGACAUGUGUAUCUACGAUUUGAGACUGUGACAGCAGCAGCUAGCUGUCAGCAUGCAAUGCAUAUGAGAUGGUUUGCUGGAAGGGCAAUAUGUGCCACCUUCAUGCAACCUUACGAGUACGAGGCCAAAUUUGCGGGUGGAGCUUGAGGUGUUGCAGCUGUAAGCACGGAAAUAUUCUAUUUCCUUCCAGGGCUUGUUUGGUUGCUUGAUGUAUUGUGGAGUUUGAAGCUUGUUAAGGAGGUUGAAAUGGAUCCUUUACCCUGUCGGUUUUGGAGCAGAAAUUGUAUUACUGUAAACUUCAACUUUUACUGUUUUGUUAUUAUUUCUUAUUAUCUGAAAAAGUUAUUAUCUCGUUUUCUUUGUUUACA